CGCAGAACCACAAAGUAGCAUUUUCUGGCAGGUAGCAAAGAUUGGCAGAACACCGGCGUGGCUGAAACAUUUGUAGUGAUUUUUAGUCCGUCUUAGUUACGAAAGCAGGUGGAGGUCAAAGAGAGGCGACCAAACUCGACCAAACUCCACUAAAGUCGCUUUUCUCCCCGGCGAGAGGAACCAGAGAGGGAAUCAUGGACAGGACCGUGAGUCUGCCCAACCAGCCCGACAAAACCACGACCGUGACGCUGGUUGAGAGCAGCCAGGCCCCGAGCGGGCUGGAACUAGUCAGCUCCUACCAGACACACCGGGUGGGAGAUCCCAUGGACCUGGUGUUCCUGGCGGAGCAAGUACAAAAGGGAGAUGAUUUCGUUAAAGCCAAUGCUGGUAACAAACUGACGGUGAUCGCAGAUCAGAUCCGAUACCUGCAGGAGCAGGCGAGAAAGGUGCUGGAAGAGGCCAAAAGAGAUGCAGACCUCCACCAUGCCGCCUGCAACAUCGUGAAAAAACCAGGCACCAUGUACUACCUCUACCAGCGGCCGUCGGGACAGAAAUACUUCUCCAUCAUAUCCCCGAAGGAAUGGGGGCCGAGCUGCCCUCAUCAGUUUAUCGGUGCGUUCAAACUUCAGUACGACAUGUCCUGGACCCCGGCGGAGGAGGUGGAGAAGAGAGAUGCAGACCUCGCCAUCAUGGACAAACUCCUCAGCCACCAGACGUCCUUACCACCCAACCCGGGACCCAACUUCAAGGGCCUCACUGAAUAAAAUGUUGGGAAACAAGAACUACCUGGGCCAAAAAAAAGGGUUUAUAAAAAGGACAACUAUGAGGUGGAGGUUAUGUAAAGUCUUACUGGGCGUCCCGGUCCACGCAAGGAUCGGAACUGAGUGUUUCUCCAGUGGGUGUGUCAGUGACUGUGCCUUCUUUUUUUUGGUACAUAAACCAGUUUAUCACUCUGAAAACAUGCCAGAGCUUUUGAAAGCCUGUUCACAGGCAUUUGAACUCUUAUUUUAAUGUUUUAGCAGACCAUGUCCACAACAUUAAGUUUGAACGCUGCUCAGCUGAAGUUUAAGUCUCUUAAAUGUUGCAUAUCUAAACAUAUUAUCACAGCCGGCUGUCGGCUAGUGACGUGAAAGUGUAUAUUUAUCAUCAGGAUGAAAAUAAAGAGCAGCACUGGUUGCUGGUCAGUGC